ACACCAGCCAAUCAGAUACAGCAGGGUUAGGGGAUAUAUUUUUCUUGAUCCAUGGCAAUGCAAGCAUCCUGGGUAUUGAUGCCGAGAGUGAAAGCGGGGUUGCUAUGUUUUCUUCCCCCCGCGGAAUGUAAUAGGAGCUCUCCCAUAAAUAAUCCUACCCCUCUUCUUAGUGAAUUUCCCCUUACCUUGAUCUCUCAUCAUCGCCCUCAUCGCUGCACUCGCGGAAUAAAUAAGCAAACGGACUGGCAAACGGGACAAAAACCAAAUUAUCAUCUUUAGUUCGAAGGUUCAGGUCGUGCAGGCAUGACGGGGUCGACUUUUUCUUCUUCAAUACUUCUGCCCCUGUGCCUAGUACUUGUUUAUGCGGCUCUUCCAGCCCAUGCUUUUGGGGCCGGGAACAUCGCUUCCAUUUCAACCGUUGAGGGACAGAACUGGAGACAUGGUGAUAUUGAGGAUACGUUGUUGGGAAUUUCCAUGGCAGCUGUGGCCGGUGGGAAGAGGUUUAGCUCUAUGGAUGUGAAGAGAGUGUACUUUGGGAACUGGUUGAGGGAUUAUUCGCAGGCGGUUGACGUUGGUGCGGUGAAGUAUGUUGAAGGACCUACGGUCAGGCUUUUGGUAAGUUCCCCCUUUCGCGACCUUUGGAAUGAAUGAGUGAGUAAGCGGUGUUGAUGAUGAGGCAUAGUUGUCGAUUCUGAGCUUUAUGACUUUCGGGUAUGCCACGGGAGAGUUCGAAGUUACCGAGGAGAGAUUAGGAUGUUAUCGGCCAGAGGAGCAUAUUGGUAUGGAAAACCCUUUCUAGUCUAGGUAGCAUGCUAAUGUAGUAGACAAUCCGAAGGAUUACGCCGAUAAUGAGGAUGCCCGGCGGUAUGAUCCUCGACUUCGCGGACCUGUCGAUGAGGCUACGGAGCUAUCCAUUGACCCACAGACUGGGAUGAAGAACUACAUCGCCAACGAGAGAAUCGGGUUCUUGCGAAGUGGAGAUCUGAUGUGCACUAGCGGUAUGAGUUACCACCCUGAAGAGAUCCUGUGCAAGUGUUUGCUGAUGAUCCUGUGUAGCUGGGCUGGUCCGACACCUAUUCGGAAGAAGUAUUCAACUCGCCCGCAGCUACGGACACACUCGUAACAAGGCCGAACUCUAUGAAGCUUUAAGACUCAUGGGAACCGGGCUUCAUUGCUUGGAAGGUAUAUCGCAAACUCCCGACAAUGUGGGACCGAGCAGGCUAGUUACUGAUACGAACCAGACUUCUCUGCUCAUUCCAACUACAUCGAGUUAGCACUUAUCGAGCUUGGCGAAACAGAUAUUUUCCCCCACGUCGGUUCUCAAACGCAACGCAAUAUUAAUGGGAGAAUGAUAUAUCCUCUCGUUACCGGAACCUUUGGCGGUGUCGAUUUGUAUUGAACACUCUCUUUUCCUGGUCCUAACAGACGCUAAUGCUUUCAAUAGCCUACAUAGCGUUCUAGGAGAAGCUUCAGAUAAGCUUAUCCAAUCCGAGGUGGACCAGCUUGAGUCUACCAUUACCGCUGCUAGUGUACAAUCAAACCAGGAUGGCGGCGAACGCAGUAUCAUUAGGGACCUGCUGAAGCAACUGAACAUUGGUGGAUCGGAUGACUUGGAUGCUCAAGCGACAGGUCUUGAGCAGCAGUCGGAAGCUAAAAAGAACGAACCAUGGGGGAUCAGAGAUGGCGGGGCGGGAGUCAAGCGUGAGAUUAUGCCGUUCUUGGAAUGGCAUGACAGGAUCAUGAAGGCUAUUAACGACGCUUUGGAGUCCAUUCCCGGACUAACCGCGCUGGUCGAGAAGCUGAGCGAAGCCGUGAGCGUUUUCGUGUUCUCACUUUUGGCACCAUACAUUCUCCCCGUUGUGGCGCAGGCGAAGGGCGAACUCGCCAAUGGGUCUGGAGAGGUCAUCGGGGGCGCCCGCGCCAAGCAGUUUGUCGUUUUCGAAGACCAUUAUAGUAGUGAUCCGACUCAUAGUAUGCUUUCUAAGGACCAUUUUACCAGUAAGACGGCUUGUCCCAACGUUUUAGAUUCACGGUACUAACGAUAGUAGAUUUGCUGAAUGAGCCGGCUGGUAAGAUAGCCAGCGAGACGGUCAAGUAUGUAGUCCCCUUACUAAUGCAGGCCUGGGAUGGCAACUCGGACCCAAACUGGGUCCUUGACCAAAUCAUCCCAAUUUUUCACCACCCGGCAUUUGUGGACGGAAGUGACGGGCGCGGUGGGCAGGAGGUUAGACGCAGGAUGUUUGGCGUGGUCCAGCAAUGGUGGGGGGAUAUGGCCGAAUCUCAGAGGCGAUCGUACCGCCGGUCGUUGUCCAGGGAGGGCGUUGAGCAAGGAAGGAAUCACAAGGAAGGGCACGACUCUGGGCAUGGAUGUGGAAAGCCGCUUCAUAGGACUAAGCCGAAGAACUCCGGAGGGGAGUUUGGUGGAAUUGGAGAGGGUCUAGGGAAGGCUAUGGGUGGAGCGAUUGAGCAGGCUCUGACGGGGAACCAGGGUGGGGGUAGCGGUUUGGGUGGAUUUUUGGGUGGAAUGGCAGCGACGGCACUAGGAGAGACGCUCUUGAGUGGUCAGGAAAGUGGGGGUAGGGAUGAGGGUUAUUCGGGGAGAUAUGGUGGGAACGUCCAAAGUGCCAACAGGACCCACGGCUAUUCCGGGGGAGGACAAAGCCGGCAUGGAGAGAGGCAUUAUGAAAGGCAGGAGACCGGGGGUUCCCACGGCGAAGGCGGAGGAUACGCAGCGGCUGGAUAUAGUGCUGGUGGAGGGUACGGGUAUUCGGAACAAAGGUACGGUCAAAGUUAUUCCCAUGCCCCCAUUCACGGAGGUGUGGAACACGGCAGCGGGAGCUAUGACGGCGGAGAAAGCGCUAUAGUGUUGGAUCGCCAUCGUCACCCCACACAAGAAAGCCAUUCCCACCAUCAUCACCAUAGCCAUCAUGACCGCCAACCAGGAGACCACUCCCACCAUCACCACCACCACCAUGAACAGCCAACUUAUGAGAGAACCGACUCCUACGACAGCACUCACUCCCCCGACGCUCCACUGUAUCCCAUGGCAUACCCAUACGCCCCCGAGAGCAGCUACCCAGCGCCCGCUGCCGAAUAUUCUUACACUCACCCCCGCGGCCAAUACCGUGAAUACCCUACUAACGCGUCUUACAGAACAGAGACGUACACUGAGAGUAGCUCCUACGGCGGUGAACAUAGUACCUACGAAACCUCUACUCACCAAUACCCUGGCCGCUACGAGACGAGAGAAGCCGUGUACAGUGGUGAAGGUGACGAGGGGUAUGUAGUCGAGCGAAGUUACAAGAAACAUAACGACGGAGAGGAAGAGCACAAGUACAGGAGUUAUAGACGCGGCGAGGGAUCCGAGGACGAGGAAGAAGAGGAAGAGGAAGAGGAAGAGGAGAGGAGAAAGAAGGAGAAGAAGUGGAGGAAGAAACAUGAGACCAGAACGGAUGAGGGGAGUGGGGAUGAGUAUUAUGGAAGUGGGGAUGAGGAUGACGGAAGGAGGUAUAGUGGGAGCGGUAGUUGUAGUGGGGAUGAGAGGAGGAGUAGGAGGUAUUCUUAGGUGUGUGCUGGGUCGGUGGGUGGGGUUUUGCUGGCUUUGCCGGAACGAGAUGUGAAAUCCUAGCCGUUUUUUUUAUUCUGAUAUGGGUUACGAGGAAUGGAGGAAGCAAGCAAUAGAAUCGUGUUACCGUAUUUGGGUUUUAGGCAGCCUUUUACGGGAGGUAAUUGCGGUCUCUCAAGAAGGCAGCGUGAGGCCCCUGCUCGGGCUAUAUUCGCUUCCCCGGGAAAGUACCACGAGUGAUCUUUGAUGAAUCUUAUACCAUCACUGCAC